AUGUCGGCCGAGGGUUGGACAUAUGGCACCCCUGUGGGCACAGCCAACGAUGGCCCUAUGAUUACCGGGAUCGCCAUCGCCUUUACGACACUGUCUCUAAUUGUUAUUUGCCUCCGCAUGUAUGUGAGAGGAUUCCUGAUCAAAGCCACCGGAGCGGACGACUGGAUUAUCUGCUUCACCUGGAUUGGCUGCGCCGGAUUUGCCAUUGUCACCAUCAUUCGUGAGUUCAUCCACGCUGAGCAGUCUUGUGCCGCAUCCGUUAACGCUCCAGCAGAGACAAAAUGGGGUCUUGGUCUAUUGCAUCUUGAUGAUUUUCCAGAGGAAAACGUCUACCAAUUCGGUCUUCUGCAGUAUAUGGGCGCUCCGUUCUACAUUACCAGCAUCUACGGCUUCAAGCUCAGCCUCCUCUUCUCCUACCUCCGAAUCAUACCCAAGGGUGUCUAUCGCUAUGCAACAUACAUAGUCAUUGCCCUCUGCAGCAUGUUCCACCUUUCGUUUCUAAUUGUUCAGAUCAACCUCUGCACCCCUACCCGCCUCCAAUGGGACACCUCCGUCGCCGGCACUUGUGUCAAGGCCGUACACUUCUACCUCAGCAUGGCCUCCCUGACGAUCUUGUUUGACGUCAUUCAGCGCCGCAAGAAGCUCGUCCUUCUGGGCCUCCUGGCUCUGGGUGUCUUCACUACCAUCAUUCAGAUUUUCCGCAUCCAGACUGUUGUCCUCUUGGCCAACUACCUCGACUCCGCCCCGCUCAUCAUGUGGUCCACCAUCGAGAACAAUCUCGGCGUCAUAGUCACCUGCGUCCCGACUCUGGCACCAUUAGUCAAGGCUUUCCGCGAGAGGAGCACUGGUGCCUCCGGCGGGCCUUCGCAAAAGUACGCUGCUCAGGGUACCGGCGCGUCGAGCGCUGCGCGCGGCGGGGAUUUUGCCAUGCGCAGCUGGAGGGGAAGAGGCAGUGGAAUCAUGCCGCUUGGUAGCGGUGUUGACCACGAGUUUGGAAGGGGACGAGCGACGCCGGCAGCACAGAGUUUAUUCUCGACGGAACAGGCAUCGUGA